UAAAAAAUUAAACAAGAAAAAAAUUAAACUAUGAAUAAUUGUGGCCUAUGUCAACAACUGAAUAAUAAUUUAACGACUAUUUACAAUAAUCGCAUAAAAUCUUUAUCCCAGAUUAUCUUGAAAUUGAAGGGUUACAAGGAUGCUUUGGACAAUAAUAAACCUUUAAGAAUUUGUGAAAAAUGCAAACAAGGCAUAGAGACAGUGGCUACAUUUUGGGAAAAUAUACCAGAAGCUAAGCAGGAGCUAACAAUAGAAAAUAUAGACUCAAGGCAAGUAAUAGAAGAUCCCAACAGAGCGGUGUUAUCUAAAAUACAAUUAGAUAAUGAGCCCAAUCAAAAGAUGCCAUCCGUGAUAUUCUUAAAUCAAGAACAAUUUGAACCAGCUGGCAUAAAGGAGGAAACUUUUCACGAGCCUAUAAAAUUACGCAUAAAACUUCCAGCGAAAAGGAAACGUCACGAAAAACCUAUUGCAAGCAAAAAUAUAAGCAUUCAUGAUACCAAUAUGACAAUAGAAUCAUCUUCCAAGCGUAUAAGACGUCCUCCUAAACGCUAUGAUGAUUUUAAAACAAAAUCAUAUAGUAAUCCUAUAAACACUUUAGAAGUUACUAAGACAUCCAAUGAAACGUCUUUGCAUAUUUUUCCUCAAAUGGCCUCAUUACGUUUAACUAAUGGUGUUGAUGUUGCAAAACUUGUGGAAGUUGAAAGUAGUGGCGUUUCGUCUAGGAUGAGAAUCAUAUGUCAAUUUUGCUGUAAAGUAUUUCAUUUCGAAAAGGAGUUUAAAAAACAUUUGAAUGAACAUAAUACACAACAAUUAAAUGGAACUCUUGAUGAGGGGCUGCAAAGCUAUUUAUUUUAUUGUAAAUUAUGUGAUAAAUCUUUUCGGGAACAUUAUGCUGUAAGAAGACAUUACAGAUUUGCGCAUUCCGAGGAGAGACCUUUAAAAUGUAAAUACUGUGAGGCGAGUUUUAAGUACAAAUUCAAUCUGGACUACCACAUGGCUAAACACAUACCCAAAAAACGUUUUGAAUGUGUUUUUUGUAAGAAAAUGUUUGUUUUGCGUUAUGAACUACAGAUCCAUCUUAGAACACAUACCAACGAAAAACCAUAUAAAUGUCAGUUCUGCUCCUUUGCCUUUGCACACCAAACAAAUUUAAAGAACCAUCAGAAAGUUAAACAUUUCAAAGAUGCAACAAAUCAGUCAGUCCUUGAUAAUUCAAAAACUAACGAGGAAAGUGUGAUGUGUGAGGAAAGUCUAAACGAAAAACUUUUCGAAUCUAAACUGGUUGGUGAAAUAGAAAACCAGUCAGUAAUUCAGGAACAAAAUAUAACAGAUUUUAUUUCGUCAACGAACUUCGAAACUUUUUCAAAUGAUAUAAACAGUGAAAUGUGUUCCGCUGACUCCCAAGAGUUGGUGGAGGAUAUUGAUACAGCCUUUUCAAGUGAUUUAAACAAUAUAAACAGUGAAAUGUAUUCCGCUGACUCUCAAGGGUUGCUGGAAGAUAUUGCUAAAACGGAAACUGAUGUUAUGAACAAUAAUAAUUACAAAACUUUAGAAAUAUCAAAAUCUAAAGAUGAAUCUCAUGAAUUGAUUGAUCAAGUUGAGCAGCGUUUUAAAAAUCUACCUAAAAACGCCACGGUUCACAUAGAUAGUAGUAUAUUAAAAGCUUUAGCCUCCUCUGAACUUUUAGAAUUGAAAAAAUUGCCAAAAAGCUAUCAAAAUACUACACAAAUUAAUCAAACAUGUGUUAGCCCUCCAUUGAAUGAAACAAAAACCUCAACAUCUUUAGAAAUUGUGAAUACAAAUCCCUAUGAACAGGAAAAAACUAAAGAAAAUGAAAGUGAAAAUAGAGUUUACGAGUUAUUAAAUGAAAUAGCUAACGAUAAUUUAAAGCAGUCUUUUGAACUUGAAAAUACUGCACAAAUUAACACACUCAUAAAAUACAAAACAUUACCAAACAAUGAUUACAAUACUUCUGCAACGAACUCCUUAAACAUUACAAGUACCAGCAAUUCAUAUAAUAUUUUACCAUCUUCUCAAUCUAAAACCCCAAAUUCAGCAUCAUUACUUAAAAUGAAUGUAGACCAUUCUGAAAAUACAAAACUAAUCAAUUUUGAAGUUCCCAGUGGUAGUACACUUACAAAAGGUGGCAAAUUCAUAAAUAUUUCUAAACUUUCAGAAGCAAACUCAUCACUGCUAGACUUUAAAACCUCAAACGAUUUAAAGCAUAAUAUCAUAAAUAAUAGUUUGAAAACUUUCGAACAAACUGGAAAUAUGAGUUCUUAUAAAGACAACCAAAUUAAAUGUCCCAAUACUUUAAAUACAGAAGCAAAAAUUAACUCUCAGUCUUGGAAAGUAAUCAACAUAUCCUCAAAACCUGUAAAAAUACAAAAUAUUGGUAAUUUAAGCCAAUUAUUAGAUAAAAAUGCAGACUUUAACUCCACUAUUAAGCAGUCUUCUAAAAAUUACUCCUUAAAUAACUCUCUUAACAAAACUCCAGAUAAACUUAUUACAAAAUCAAAAGAUCCUAUCUAUAUAACCACUCCUCAAUAUAAAGUAAUAGAAAGUGAACAUUCAAAUGUUUCCCAAACGUCUUUACUCUGUAAAAACACUCCUCUAAAAAGCCCCCACAAUUCAGGACAAUCAUUAUUAAAACCAAUUGCAAAAGCUCAACAAAUCUCCCCCUUAACCCUUAUGAAUAACUCAAAAAACCCAAACCUUUUAUCUGCCAAACCUUUAAUAACCAAAAUAGAAAUUUUGCCUCCUCUAAACACAAUCUCCGCCCUGCCAAAAUCUAACUUGAACCCUCCUACAGCGAAUCUAAUAAAACUGCCCGCCAACUUUAAGUACCAAUGUCCCUAUUGUUUCAAAUAUUUCAAACAAAAGUCUCCCUUAACCAAGCACUUGCGUACUCACACUGGCGAAAAACCCUACAAAUGUAAUUUAUGCCCCAAAUCCUAUGCCGAUGCCUCCAAUUAUAAAAAACAUAAAAUGUUACACAAAAACGCAGCCGAAGCUUUGAAUAUAAGCCGAACUAAUGCUUAUGCUGUACAUAAUUCUCCAGCCUAUUCAACAGUAUCAGAUCCCGAUCCAGAUGGCAUUGAGGUUAUGCAAACAAUUAAAAAAUUCGAAUUAUCCUCUACAGAAGAUGAUGAGGCUUCUUUGGCUUCAUCAACUACGGACUCCUAUAUGUGGCAAGAUGUUUUAGAGCAGGCUUUAAACAAUGAUGAGAUACUGGAGAAUAUUAAGAAGAAUUUAGCGGGCAUAAAUAAAGCCAUUAUGCCUAAAAGUAUGCAGCAGCUAGCCUGCAAAAAGCAGACAAAUCUUAUGAAUAUAAAUGAGAAGUUCUCUAGUGAGGAUCCAGAUUAGCGGGGAUAUUUUUUUCAAUAGUUGUGUUUAAAAAUGUUAUUUAUUUUAAGAAAAUUUGAAAUAAACUUUUUAUUUGUACGCUGUAAA